GCGCCACCGUGCGUCCUUCCUCCGCAGUGUGAGCCUGCGCCUGAUUGGAGGAGCAGUUGUCAGGACUGUUUACAGGAAACAUGGCUUCCCGGUCUGUUGGAGAGCUACAAGAAAUGGAAGUGGACAGAAGGGGUGAGUCUGAGGAGUCUGGUGAUGAUGAGACCAGAAGAAAGAGUAUCAAUGGCGACGUUGACCCGAAUCAGCCCACCUCCACAAGUAAAGAAGAGUCUCCUGUCGACAUGGACACCAUAACCUUGGACCCAGAGGAAGAGGAUGUUGAUCUUGUUCAUUGUCGUAUUGGAAAAAUUGAAGGAUUGGAAGUGCUACAGAAGGCUAAAACACUCUCCUUACGGCAGAAUCUCAUCAAAAAGAUUGAAAACCUUGAAAGUCUGAGCUCACUUCGGGAACUAGAUUUCUACGACAAUCAGAUUCGCAAACUGGAGAACCUCGAAAACUUCACAGAAUUGGAGCAACUCGAUGUAUCUUUUAACAUUUUGAGGAAGGUGGAGGGUUUGGAGCAGUUGACUCUCGUGAAGAAACUUUUUCUGCUUCACAACAAAAUAAGCAGCAUUGCCAACCUGGACCACUUUACAUGCCUGGAGAUGCUGGAGCUGGGCUCCAAUCGCAUUAGGGUCAUUGAGAACCUUGAUUCACUUUCUUCUUUGCAAAGUUUGUUUCUUGGAACCAAUAAAAUAACAAAGCUUCAGAAUCUGGAGGCUUUACACAACUUGACGGUUUUAAGCAUUCAGAGUAACCGGAUUACUAAAAUUGAGGGUCUACAGAACCUUGUCAGUCUGAGAGAGCUCUAUCUGAGCCACAAUGGCAUUGAGGUCAUUGAGGGAUUGGAAAACAAUAAAAAGCUUACAACUCUGGACAUUGCAGCCAACCGAGUAAAGAAAAUUGAAAAUAUCAGCCAUCUGACAGACCUGCAGGAGUUCUGGAUGAACGAUAAUCAGAUAGAUAACUGGUCGGACCUUGAUGAGUUGAAGAAUGCCAAGUCCCUGGAGACGGUCUACCUUGAAAGAAACCCUCUACAGAAGGAUCCACAGUACCGGAGAAAGAUCAUGCUGGCGCUGCCCAGUGUGCGGCAGAUCGACGCCACCUUCAUCCGUUUCUGAGCUCCAGUGAAGCGUUCCCGCUGCCAAAUUUCAGUGUUCACUCCUCACCAACCUGCCUGCCCUCCCUGAAUAACAACAUUCAUUUUGAAACACACUGGCCUCUCUGAAUCAUAGAGUCGGUCCAUACACAAACACACAUUCCACCAUCAAACUCACCCAUGGCUCACUCAACAUACAUGUAUGCAUGUAUGCACUAAAUCACAUCUUGAUCUAUGCUAUUGUGUUGAAGCUUAUUUAUUAAUUAAGCUGAAUAUAAAUUGUGAAACGGAAUUUAAAACAUUUAAACAUGCCAAUAUCCUCCUUUUUCCUCUGCAUUUUUUAUUUAUUUUUUGUUAAGGUUUAGCAUGUGGAAUAUGAAACGGAUCCAUUGUCUUUUCUCACUCAAACAAUGCCUGUUAGGGAAAACUGAAGUCUUGCUUGCUUACGUUGUUGAAGUUGAAUUGCUAUCAGAUGUGAAAAGACUGGCAUUCUUACUAUAUAAUGAUAUUGUGUUUGGUUUAAUCUUGGAUUGGUCGGGUUGAAACUGUUCUUCCAAGAUACACGGUUCAGCAUCAACACUUAAUAAAGGCCCAUAAUAAAUUCUAAUUGACAUAUUUCAACCUUUAAUAUAUGUAUCUACUCAUUUGGUCAAAAUCAGACAAUGUGUACAAUUUAGAUGAAAAUGCAGCAGUGACUCCAGGCAGAUUUAAAUUGGGUCUUUCAAGUGAAACUAAGCAGAAACCAAUUACCAAUUCAUGUUAAACUGGUUUCACUCAAACUCAAGGGUACAUUUUUAUUUCCAGAAGCCUCGUCUAUUCAUUUUUCAGAUGUUUUACGGCCCUGUGGCCCCUUUUUCUGAUCAAUACAAGUGACCUGUCCAAAAAAUGGUUUUAUUACCAGGGUACAUUCCCAACCCCCCUUAUCAUUGAUAAGCCCGGUAUCCAUUUAACUUUUGUUCAUAGAAGUUAUUUGACUUGAUAACAGUGAAAUGAUAGGUGGUAGGACUGGUCUCACAUACAAUAAGUAGUGUUCACUUCUUGAAAAUAAAUUCUUUCAGACUGUUGUUGGCACUGAACAUAUUUAAAAACGUAAUGAGAUUCAAAGUUUAAGAUAUUUAACACAGCACUGAACUUGACACAUUCUUCAAUACUCUCAUUUGGCCAUCGGUGUUGCCUAACAAUAGAUCUGUGUAUCUAAGAUGAUUAUCUCUAAAAGCUGAACUCAUUUUUCUUAUGCCCCCCCUGUAUAUAAUGCAUGUGUGCACAAUUAGAAGUGAUGCAGCUUUUCUAUUAAGAAACUCCCACCUCAGGGUUUAAAGAUCACACUGACCCCAAACAGAAGCAUCCAAUUUCCAUGCAUCAGUGGGUUUACAUGGAGAAGGCUUAAUUAAGUGCUUUCUGUGUACUGUAGCAUACUAACCAUUUUCAUCCAAUAGAAGAUAAAAAAAAAUAAUCAUUCAUUGGUUUGUAUUGUUGCACAAAAUUUACUUUUUUCAGAGGAAUUCAUCUUAUCACCUAUAAUUCUUUUAAUACUUAAUGUCCAUGGUUAUUGAUCUAAAUCAAAAAUCUAUAACAUCUCUGAGCCCGUAUGAGACUAUCAACAUAAGCGAAGGACAUUUAUUGAUAUGAAUGUAAUGUUAUUUUAUAUUCAGCUUUAACUAUCUUUAGUUUAUCACUGGCCAGGGGAAAUACAAGCAUCGCUUUGUGUAUUUUGUAAAUAUAGUUUGGACAUAUCAUGAUGUAGAAAGUCAGUGCCAUCAUCACCUUCCCGUUGUAAAGUAAAAUCUCUCUUUUUGAUUUCUUGUUUUUGCCAGGCAGCACUACAGAUUAGUGUGAGAUACCUAAAUUAAGAUACCUUGGCAUUCAAUGGUCGCUUACUGAGCAAUUACCGUAUUUAAUUGCUAGUAGUUCAUUGUUGUUGGAACUGAUUCUUCAGGUUUUGGAUUUGGUUGAAGCUGUUUUCAGACUGAAUGUAUUAUGCAAAUAACAAUAAAAUGACACUACUUCGAAGA